CGGAGCACCGGGAGCCCCGGGAGCAGGGAAUGGUCCCUUCCCCACACCCCGCCUCACCCUGCCUGCCCCCCGCCCAGCACGGCCCACGGCUGCCCGGCCACGCCGCUAGCCGGGGGCUCACGGGCUGCACCGGCCCCAACCGCCCCCGGAGAGCGGAACGGCAACGCCUGACAUCAGGCAGCCUCCUGGGCUCCGUAUCCUUUAUGGAAAACGGGGAGAACCCGGCGGGUUUGCCGCUGUGGCGUUUUCCGUGCGCUGGGAACAAAGCCGAGCCGUGCCGUGCCGAGGUUUGCCCCUGGCCGAACCUCGCCAGGACAGCGGAGGAAUUCGUCAGGACGGUGUUCCACGCUGAUUUCAGGGACCACUGCUGCAUCAGGCGGAGGAGGGAGCCAUGGUGUGCAUUCCCUGCAUCGUGAUCCCUGUUCUGCUCUGGGUCUACAAGAAGUUUCUGGAGCCCUACAUCUACCCCAUGGUCGCCCCCUUCAUCAAGCGUGUCUGGCCCAAGAAAGCAGUGCAGGAGCCACCAGGCACCAAGCAGGGGCCCGGAGGCAGCACUGGGGACCCCCGGGGACCUGCAGCUGCCAAGAGAGACCAGGAGGAUGGACCUGGGGGCCAUAAGUUGGAAAGCAAUGGCAUUGCAAAUGGAAGUCCUACAAAGGGAUCUGCUGCAGUGUAUGACAAGAAAACAGCUUGAAGGAGUUAAUUCCUAAGGAUUUUAUUCCCUCCUGUCCAGUAUGAACUGCUGAUAUUCCUCUCACUUUGAGACUUUUUUCUUUGCACAUUUUAGCCGAAUAAAAAACUUAAUUGCUUGCAGGAAAGUCCCUUUUGCCACUAAAAUGGCAGCUGUUUGUUUAUUUAAAAUAUUUGAAAGCUGAUGUUCUUGUAUUUUUCUUGCUGGAACUACUUUUCAUCUGCCAUCUGUUUGGUGUGAUUAGAGUUUAGGUUAAAUAACGUAAGAAUAAAUCUCUGUGUGGAAGGUAAA